AUGGGGUUGCAGAUUGGCGAUAAGGUCACAGUAAGAAAUGAGAAUGGAAUUAUUAGAUAUAUUGGAAAUACCCAAUUUGCUCCUGGUCUUUGGUAUGGAAUUGAAUUAGAUUUACCUAGGGGAAAGAAUGAUGGAUCAAUUGAUGGUGUACGAUAUUUCGAUUGUCAUAAUACAUCAUCUGGUGGGGGAAACUAUGGAAUAUUUGUUAGGGAACAUUUUAUAACUACUGCCAUUGUUACUACUGAGACUACCAGAAAUGAAAAUAGACCUAUAAGUAAUGAAUCACGAUUGCAUAAAAUUAUUGAAAAAUUACAAACCAAACUCAGGCAAUUAACUGAAGCAAGUGUAGAAUAUAGACAGCAAUUACAUAAUGUAAAUAACCAAUUGAAAGAGAAAAUCGGGAUAGUAAAUUCAUUGGAAAUUAAAUUAGAAAUGCAAACAACUGACAAUGAUUAUUUAAGACUGGCAAAAGAUCAAUUAGAAGAGAAACUACAAGAUCUUACAAUCAAAUAUCAAGAAUUACAACGAGAUUUCUUGUUGGUGUCAGAAGAAUUGGAGAUAAAUCAACAAUUAGAACAUGAAAUAAGCAUUUUAGAAAUUGAUGAAUAUACUGACGAUGAUGUGAAAAAUUUAAUAUUGCGGAAUCGUGAAAUCGAAGAAACAUUGAAUAGCUUUAAACAACAAGCCGAGAUCAAUGAAUCCAAUCUCCGAGAAGAGAUUAAACAAUUGAAAGAAAACCAAAUAGACGAAUCCAAAUUGAAGGAUUUAGAAACCCAGCUUGAAGAAUCAAGAGCUACCAUUCGUGUCUUACAAGAAAGAAUAGAUGCUUUCGCAGUUUUGGAAAAAGUGACUGAUAGUUUAACGGUCGAGAAUGAAGAACUUACACGAAAUAUACAAUCUCUUCAACAGACACUAGAUGAGCGAAGUGAAUUGCAUGAAUUGGAAAGAGAGGUUCAAGACCAGGUGGAAAUUGACUUACGUAGUGAGAUCCAAAUUUUACAAGAAACUAUCACUAUCGAUAAAGCAAGUAUAGCGGAUUUGGAAAUGAGAAAUAAUGAUAUACGAAACAAGUUGGAAUCGUUUCGUCAGAAGAACCAACAAGAUGAUGAUUCAGUUAAAACCGAGUAUGAAAAUCAAUUACAAUCAUUACAGAAGGAAAUCAAAGACUCUACUGUCAGGAAUCGCAUAAAUUCAGUGGAAUUAGAACUAUUAAAAGGGAGAUACAAACUUCUAAUAUCGAGAUUCAAGGGUCCAAAAAUCGAUGAAUCGCUUUCUCCGAUAGUUGAAUUGAUUUAUCUCUUGAGAAUGAACAUCGUGGAUUUACAACUGCUUGAGACAUUCAUUUAUCAAGAUUCCGCACCGCAAUUAUUUAUUAGUUAUUGUCUACAGACUUUAAAACACUGGUUUACUUUCCUUGAGAAUUUAAUGGAAUAUAACUAUGAAUCGGCUAAUUUUAUAUCAAUCAUAGAGAACUAUACAACAUCCAUGGACGAACUUUUACAACAGACUAUUCAAACAAUAAAGGAAAAUGAUUUCCGAGAAUCGAUCACUCCAGAAACAAUUGUCUUAUUCAAUUCAUUGAUAGACAUUUCUGAAACUUAUCAAGCUAUUCAUUCAAACACACUCAUAUGUGAGAACGUCCUUGUUUUGCGGUUUAUAGCCUCUCAAAUGUUUUUAGAGAAUAAUACGCUCUCUAGCUUAGUUACUAGAUUGGAGCAAUCAUUAGUUGAAAGUUCUGUCAAUGAGGAUAUUGUCAUACUUCAGCAGUUAUUGACUCGUAUGCGUGGGGAAAUACAACAACUACAUGACAGCAGUUUAGGUAUUUUACCUGGAAAAGAUAUUUCAUUUACUUCAACCCCUCCUGCUUUUCUUGAAGUUUUUAAUGAGGGUGUGGAGAAUGCUAAAGUUUUGUAUCAUCUCGCAACAUCCCCUGUGGAUUUUCAUCAAUUAUCAGACGAAAGCAGGGCUGAUAUACGUAGCAUUGUUAAGAGACUUGAAUCAAGGGAGAUGGGAUAUGAAUACUGUGAAAUAGAAAGUGAUUUCAAAUCCAUAUGCUACGCUGAUAUUAGCCUUACGAAGUCUCAACCCAAAGAUGACGAACAACAAGUAAAUACUGCCGAAUUGGCCAAAUUAAUAUCAGAAUUGAAAUCAUCCAUACUACAAAAAGACACCGAAAUCAAUGAUUUGAAAUUACAUAAAGACAUCUUAGAACAAAACAUGAAAACUCUUUCACAAUCCAAUGUCCAAACUUUAUCACAAUUGAAUGCGGAACUAGAUUCCCAAAAAGACAAGAUUGAAGGAUAUUUGAAUAAGAUUUCGGAGAUAGAACAAGAGAAGGAACAACUACUGGCACAGUUGUCGACACUUCAGAAUUCGAACGAGAUGUUAAAGUUCACCGAAGCAUUUACAGAUCUAGAUUCACAGAACAAACAUAAUAAGAACUUGAGUCUAUUAGAAGAAGUUGUGGGGUUGAGAAGAUUAGUUCAGGUGGGGUUUUCGCAGAAAGAUACUUCUGAAGAUUAUGGAUGGUUGCAAGGUAAAUGUGACUCUGGGAAUGGACAUUGGGCAACACCGUCCGAAUUUAAGGAAUUAUCUAGAAGAAUGAGGAAUAUCGCAAUGCAUGCAAAGACUGUUUGCAUUGAUACUGGCAACACCAAGAAAUGGGUUCCAUCGAAGUCUACCCCUAGGUUUAUUCACUUAGAAUUACAAGAAGUGUUUGGGAAAUAUGAAGCUGAAAGAAAUCGUUUAUUAUCAUAA